UUGGGAGUGGAGGAAAUUAGAAUUGAGGAUGACGACGAUGGAGAAAAUUCGGGAGUAUUUGCAACUGAGCGAUGAGGUUGACGACGGUGAGGCACCGAGAGUGGAAGAGUUUUCAUGGAAAGGUAAAAGCUUCUACGAGGAUUUCAGCCUCAGAGGAAUCCGAGUGAACCGGGUCGACCCGGGUUUCAUUUCCUGCUCUUUCAAGGUCCCUCUUCGUUUGACGGAUAGAGACAGGAAUCUAGCUAAUGGUGCGAUUGCAAAUCUUGUGGAUGAAGUUGGUGGAGCGCUUGUACAAGUUGUAAGCUUACCACUGUCUGUAUCAGUGGACAUGUCUAUUGCAUUUCUUUCUAAAGCUAAGCUCGGUGAGGAGUUGGAGAUAACGUCGAGAUUGUUAGGCGAGAGAGGACCUUAUAAAGGAACACUUGUUGUAGUGAGAAACAAGAGGACCGGAGAGAUUAUAGCAGAAGGUCGACAUUCUUUGUUUGGCAGACAAGCUAGUAAGCUCUGAGAGUCUGAGGUCGAAUUUUUCUUUUGGCAUUAUAACAAUCUUUAAGAUGAUAGGGCUUUAGCUAUCUUUUGGCAGAAGUGUUUCACAGUUAUGUCUGUUUUCAAUGAUAGGGUUAUGGUUAAGGUAAAAUUUGGCUUGGUUCUGUUAGGUUGUUUUCAUCUUUCUGGUUGUGUAAUCUUAAACCCUUGUAGGUAGCUUAUGACGAUAAUACCAAAUCACUGUUCAGUAAACUGUAAUUUGAUUGUUAUGGUGAUGAAAAUGGUAAUCUGUCUCA